CCUUUAAACAAUUAAAUGAAUUGAUUUUGAACUGUUGCUUUUUUUAAAAAUAUGUUUAGUGCUAGUAAAGUAGAAAAUCAAAGGAGUAGAUCUAGUUUUCAUAAAAACAGGCCUAGUUUACAACCCAAUGUUCGAAAUAAAGUAGGGCGUUCUUCUUCGGUGGAUAUUCGAAGUAGAGGAACUUAUGUUCCUGCAGUAAAACGAACGUCUUCUGAAGAAAGAGGUAGACCUUCAAGUCGAAGUGUAAAAUGGUCCAGCGGUCGCAAGAGCUCCAUCAAUCUAGCUGAAGGGAAAAAGAUAAUGAAAGAUCCGAGGCCUUUAACUGAUAAAAAUUACCAAAAGACUCAAAUACAAGAACUGCUCCAGUUCUUAGAACAACUUGAUUUUAAAAGUUCUUUCGAAGUUUCAAGCUUAUUGUUACCUUCUAAAAAAGAUUUUGAAGCAAUAUUUAAGUUUUUGUAUAAUCUUCUGGAUCCAGACUUUGUGAUACAGAAACUUGAGGAGGAUGUACCGAAAAUAUUAAAAUGGCAACAUUAUCCUUUUUCAGUCAAUAAAUCCACUUUCACUUAUGUUGCCAAGCACAAUUGGCCUUAUUUGUUAGGAAUUCUGUUCUGGCUUUCAAAUGUAUGUAAGUUUCUUGUAAAUUUUGACUUGAAGACAAUUUUUAGCGGUGGUGAAGAUGAAGGGUCAAACGAAAAUGCUGUCUUGGGUCCUUAUAUUUGUUCUGCUUACUUCAAAGGAUCUAUAGAUGAAGAGGAAGAAAAGGAAAUGUUUACAAAAAUUAUAAGAUCUCGGAGAGGAGAAAACUUAGAAGAUUUGAAACAGAAGUAUGAAGAGAAUAAAGCAGUGCUUGAGAAAUUGCAAGACAAAUAUAAUGCAGUUCAAGAUCUGAUCAGUGAAAAUAAGCAACUAGAUUCACAAAUUUUGGAUUAUGAAGAUUAUUUCUUGAAGAUGACGCAACAUAUGCAAAAUAGAGUUAUUGCACAAGAAAAAUUGAUGGAGAAAUUGAAAAAACAAGAAUGUGAAUUGGAGAAAUUAAAGAAUGAAAUUUCUCAGAAGCUUGCAGUCUAUGAUGCUCAGGGCUUUGACGGAAGAAAGCAACAGCAGCAUUUUAAUACCCUGAAACAGGAGCUGCAUGAGAAUUACGAACAAAAAGAACUAGUUUUCGAUGAACUGAAAAAUUCUUGCUGGGAAAAGGAGAUACAGUGUACAGAAACUAUAGAAAAGUUGUCUUCAGUUUGUAGUGACUUCAAUAAUUUGUAUACGAGUUCUGCUGAAUCAGCUGCAAAUAUGUUUGGUUCCAUAAAACAUUCAAGAAGUCCAAAACUGGAAAAAUUAUGGAAGAAUGUUUAUUUUGAAUUUCCAAAACUGCAACUUUCAUGUAAAUAUCAAGAUAUGAUUUCCGUGAGAGAUUCUUGUAUGGAAGUAUUACGAACAUUGCAAAAGAGUGUAAAUGAUUCUGGAAAUUAUAUACAAGCUUUUACUGUUGGACAAAAACAGUAUUUAAAUAAUCUUGCUGUAAAGGAAGCUGAGCUAUCAUUUCAGUUAAAAAUUUUGAACAGCCAAAUUGAAAAAUAUGAAAAGGAUCUGAAUUCUGAGCAAGAGGAAGAACUGCAAAAGUUUUCUAAAACUAACGAGCAAUAUGAAGCAAAGGCGGAAGAGCUCAGGCAACUCAAAGAAGCUAGACUUAGGUUAGAAAAUGUGGUUAAAGAAAUGAAGUUAGAGCUUCCCAGAAUUAUUGAUUUUAAACAUCAAAAAGAAAAGGAGUUGAAAGAAUAUAUGGAAACUGUGAAAAAAGUUUAUUCAAUCUGUGAUAGUAAUUGGGAACUUUGCCAAAAAAGGGCUGAGGAACAUGGUGAAGAGCUGUGUAAAAAAUUGAAGAAGUUGAAGUUUGUCCAAUCUAAGGGAAAGCCAAUGAAUUAUCAAGAUGAUUUAUAAGUUUUCC